AGAAUAUCGAUAAUAAUAAUGAGGCUGUUGUUUCAGAGGAUGCUGGUGGAACUGAUGUUAUGGAUUAUAAUAAUGUCGGUCAUGUUGACGAUAACAAUUAUAAUGAUGACAGGAUUAGUAACGCUUUAGAAAACAAUGUCGAUAAUCUUGAAGUGGUUGUGAUUGAUGUCACAAGUUUUGUUGAUAAUAAUGAUGAUGGGAUUGAAGGUAUUAAUGCUUCGCGGGUUGAUGAUAACAAUGAUCAUAUUAAUAUUAUACAGAAUAAUGAUCACGGUGAUAUUACAACUCCUAUAAUAUCACGUGAAUCACCACUUUACUGUUUUCUAUAUUCACCACCGCAAAUACAGCAGUCUAUACUACAACCAGAAAUUAUAAUAAUUGAUGAUGACGAAGAUGACGAAAAAGAUAAUAAUACGAAUGCAAGUGUUGUUGCUGUUGAAGGAGACACAGAGUCAUUACAAAUAAAAUGUACUAUAUGUUUGGAUUAUCCUAAAAACGUGUCAGCAACUAGCUGUGGUCAUAUUUUUUGCUAUGAAUGUAUAGUUACUGCGGUUAGAGCACAAAAAAUGUGUUCUAUAUGCCGCAAAUCACUUAAUCUUAGGCAAAUUAAAAAACUUGAAUUUAAGACAUCACAAUAA